UUUGCGUGCUACCAGUCGCAUGCGCAGGCCGGUACAGUCCGUUUACGUUAUCGUUAACGUAACGUGUUUAAUUAAUUUCCGAUAGUAAUGUUAUUUAAUAUAUUCCACUUAGGCAGUAUGCGUGUGUGGUGCCUGUUGUCUCUGCUGUUCGGACACUGUGUCUGCAAAGUGUAUUUCGAUAAACUUGACCGCUACAUAAUAUCGUGCCACACGACCGACUUCGAGUGCUUCAAGCGGCAGUACAAGGCGCUGCGCGACAAUGUGUUGCUGGGGAACGAUAGGCUCGGCAUCCCCACCUACGAGCACUAUGUCUUCGCCUACGGAGGGGGCACCUGCGUCAAGCUGACUGGAUUGGAGGAGAGUGAAUUGGCGGCCAUCAAAUUUGAAAGCGAGCAGAAGAAAUUGACGCUGGUGCUGGAACUGCCGCUGAGGAUCCAACAAGUCAAGGAUACUAUCAAAAUGUGUGCCAGACCUGAUCGAGAAUUCAACAUCGUUCAACCUCAAAAGAGUCCCCUGAUGAGGUUUACCGGCAAUGCAACCAUAGGAAUAACAUAUCCAUAUAAACUGAAGAAGAAGAAGGGCAUGGUGUACCUGCAGCUGGAGGACGAGAACCUGGACGUGAUCCUGGACAUCCCGGACCUGAGCCACUUCCACCUCAACAGCGAGGUUGAAGCCAAGUUGUACGAGUGGUCGGAGUGGGCGUACGAGGUGGUGCAACACGUGGACGCCGCGGAGUACUUCGCCCUCCCAUACACCUCCCAGCUACGGACCCUAAUGGACCAUCUACCUUUAUACAGAUUCAUCAUGCUUUACCCAGAGGAAGAGUACGAGGACUUACAAUUCUCAUAUUCAGAAGCAACAGUACCUACUAAUCCUUAAAUAAUAAAAACAACAAUAUAUUUUUUUUUUAAAGUUCGAUUUUCCAAUUCAGUAAAAGACCCAAUUCAAUAAAAUAAAUUGUAUUAUCUAUGACGUAAAAUGCGAUUUGACAGCUGUCACUAUUUAAACAUCGAACGUUCAAAAAAAGAAAAUAACAAACAGAAAUAGUAGACGUUAAAUGUUGCCAGAAAAUUAAUUAAUAGAGAGAAAUUUUAAUAUUGUUUUUAUUAUUACCUACGUGUAGGUUUUUGUAAUAUUUUUAAUAGAAAUUGAAAUAUUGGCCAUUUUUGUAAUAAAGGGAAUUAUAAAUUAUUCCUAAGCUAAUACCGUGUAUUCUCUAAAUUAUUAAGCAGAUUUAAUAGGCAAAAAUGCUAUUUACCGUUUACGACACGAUAACGACACGACAGAACAAAAUAGAGAUUUUAAUUUCUAAAUAUGUUUUUGUACUGUUUCUAUCCACAAUAACAACAGUUAAAAAUGUUUGUUAUGUUAUUGUUAAGACAAAAUAAAGAUAAGUAUUUUCUGAACUGUAGUGAAAAUGGAGUUAGGUAUGUGUUUAAAAUAAACUUUUGUACUUUUAGAAAUUACGUUAAUUGAGUAGAUUCAGUUUUAAUUAGAAGUAAGUAUUAAUUUUUAUUGAUAAAUAAAUUGAAAUCAAAUGUUA